GGCGGAGGGACCCGCGGCGCACGCAGUCGGGGCGCGCGGCUGCAGCGGCGGAGCCCGGAGCUGGAGCCGGAGCGGCGUCCGGAUCGCAGCCCGCGGGGCCCGCCGCAGCCAUGGGCAACCGUGGCAUGGAAGAUCUCAUCCCGCUGGUCAACCGGCUGCAGGAUGCCUUCUCUGCCAUCGGCCAGAACGCGGACCUCGACCUGCCUCAGAUCGCCGUGGUGGGCGGCCAGAGCGCCGGCAAGAGCUCGGUGCUCGAGAAUUUCGUAGGCAGGGACUUCUUGCCCCGUGGAUCUGGCAUCGUCACCCGACGCCCGCUGGUCCUGCAGCUGGUCAAUGCAACCACAGAAUAUGCAGAGUUUCUGCACUGCAAGGGGAAGAAAUUCACCGACUUCGAGGAGGUACGCCUGGAGAUCGAGGCGGAGACCGACCGGGUCACCGGCACCAACAAGGGCAUCUCCCCAGUGCCCAUUAACCUGCGGGUGUAUUCGCCGCACGUGCUGAACCUGACCCUGGUGGACUUGCCCGGAAUGACCAAGGUCCCCGUGGGAGACCAGCCUCCGGACAUCGAGUUCCAGAUCCGGGACAUGCUUAUGCAGUUCGUCACCAAGGAGAAUUGCCUCAUCUUGGCUGUAUCCCCUGCCAACUCCGACCUGGCCAACUCCGAUGCCCUCAAGGUUGCCAAGGAGGUAGACCCCCAAGGCCAGCGCACCAUUGGGGUCAUCACCAAGCUGGACCUUAUGGACGAGGGCACGGAUGCCCGCGACGUGCUGGAGAACAAACUGCUCCCCCUGCGCAGAGGCUACAUUGGGGUGGUGAACCGGAGCCAGAAGGACAUAGAUGGCAAGAAAGAUAUCACGGCUGCCCUGGCUGCUGAACGCAAGUUCUUCCUGUCCCACCCAUCCUACCGCCACCUGGCUGACCGCAUGGGGACACCCUACCUGCAGAAGGUCCUCAACCAGCAACUGACGAACCACAUCCGGGACACACUGCCUGGGCUGCGGAACAAGCUGCAGAGCCAGCUGCUGUCCAUUGAGAAGGAGGUGGAGGAGUACAAGAACUUCCGCCCUGAUGACCCUGCACGCAAGACCAAGGCCCUGCUGCAGAUGGUGCAGCAGUUCGCGGUGGACUUUGAAAAGCGCAUCGAGGGCUCUGGAGACCAGAUUGACACCUAUGAACUGUCGGGGGGAGCCCGCAUUAACCGGAUCUUCCAUGAGCGCUUCCCCUUUGAAUUGGUCAAGAUGGAGUUUGAUGAGAAGGAACUCCGGCGAGAGAUCAGCUACGCUAUCAAGAACAUCCACGGCAUUAGAACGGGGCUGUUUACCCCAGACAUGGCCUUUGAGACCAUUGUGAAAAAGCAGGUGAAGAAGAUCCGAGAACCGUGUCUCAAGUGUGUGGACAUGGUUAUCUCGGAGCUAAUCAGCACCGUUAGACAGUGCACCAAGAAGCUCCAGCAGUACCCGCGGCUGCGCGAGGAGAUGGAGCGCAUCGUCACCACCCACAUCCGAGAGCGCGAGGGCCGCACCAAAGAGCAGGUCAUGCUUCUCAUCGAUAUCGAGCUGGCUUACAUGAACACCAACCACGAGGAUUUCAUAGGCUUUGCCAAUGCUCAACAGAGGAGCAACCAGAUGAACAAGAAGAAAGCUUCUGGGAAUCAGGAUGAGAUUCUGGUCAUCCGGAAGGGCUGGCUGACAAUCAACAACAUUGGCAUCAUGAAGGGGGGUUCCAAGGAGUACUGGUUUGUGCUCACCGCGGAGAACCUGUCCUGGUAUAAGGAUGAUGAGGAGAAAGAAAAGAAAUACAUGCUGUCUGUGGACAACCUAAAGCUGCGUGACGUGGAGAAAGGCUUCAUGUCAAGCAAGCACAUCUUCGCCCUCUUCAACACGGAGCAGAGGAACGUCUACAAGGAUUAUCGGCAGCUAGAACUGGCCUGCGAGACACAGGAGGAGGUGGACAGCUGGAAGGCCUCCUUCCUGCGGGCUGGCGUGUACCCUGAGCGUGUUGGGGACAAGGAGAAAGCCAGUGAGACAGAGGAGAAUGGCUCAGACAGCUUCAUGCACUCCAUGGACCCCCAGCUGGAGCGGCAGGUAGAAACCAUUCGGAACCUGGUGGACUCCUACAUGGCCAUUGUCAACAAGACUGUGCGGGACCUCAUGCCGAAGACCAUCAUGCACCUCAUGAUCAACAACACCAAGGAGUUCAUCUUCUCGGAGCUGCUGGCCAACCUGUACUCGUGCGGGGACCAGAAUACGCUGAUGGAGGAGUCCGCAGAGCAGGCGCAGCGGCGCGACGAGAUGCUGCGCAUGUACCACGCACUGAAGGAGGCUCUCAGCAUCAUCGGCGACAUCAACACGACCACCGUCAGCACGCCCAUGCCCCCGCCCGUGGACGACUCCUGGCUGCAGGUGCAGAGCGUACCGGCCGGACGCAGAUCGCCCACAUCCAGCCCCACGCCGCAGCGCCGAGCCCCCGCCGUGCCCCCAGCCCGGCCAGGGUCGCGGGGCCCUGCUCCUGGGCCUCCGCCUGCUGGAUCCGCCCUGGGGGGGGCGCCCCCCGUGCCCUCCAGGCCGGGGGCUUCCCCUGACCCCUUUGGCCCCCCUCCCCAGGUGCCCUCGCGCCCCAACCGCGCACCGCCUGGGGUCCCCAGAAUCACUAUCAGUGACCCCUGAGGAGUGUCAGCCACGGAAGGGCCCAGCCUCACCUACGCGACCUGCAGUCCCCCGACCAGCUGAGGCACCCCUCUUAGACUUAUAAGUCUGGUCCCUGGCAUCAACUGCUGCCCUUCCAGCCUCCCCAGGGUCCCCUCUGCAGACCUCCCAAGGGGCCUCCAGCACUCUCUCCAGCCACCCCUUUUAGAUUGACCCUCCUGGCUCCAGCCCGUCUUCUUCCUCCAGCCUGGCAGCUGUUGUAUGGGGCUCCCUGAGACUAGGGGUAGCCCUGAGCCAAUGGGAUGGAAGACAGGGUGACCAGAGAAGAGGGAGUGGGUCUGGAUCUGGGUGCACUGCCUGGUGAUGUGUGAGGCUGCGUGUAUGGCACGGGAGGGAUGCCCUGGCCUCUGCCCAGAUUACUGGGGAGCUCCAGCCCACCGCCUCCAGCCCCCCAUCCUCCUCCCCUUUCCCAUCUGUUCCUCCACCUCCAUCUCUUUUUCCAGAAGCCUCGACCAUGCCCACACUGCCUCAUCCCCUCCCACCGCUGCUGGGGCAUGGCUGCUCUUGCCUUACCAGGUUUCUCCUUCCUUUUCUCUUCCGGUUUCUCUCUUGGCUUUCUCUCCAACUGCCAGCCGAUCGGGUCAGGCAAGUCCGUCCCGUCCUGAGAGUCCCAGACCCCCCUUCGACCUCUAACCAGAUCUCUCCUAUUCCUCGGAGACCUCCCCAAAGCCUGCCUGGACGGCUGUUCUGUGACUUGACAGUGGCUCCCCGGCCCCAAAGCAUCCCCUUCAUCUGUGACUUUGUUGUAGUGGUGAGCUGACACAUCCAGGCGUGACAUUGGUGAACUCUUGUGCCCCUGUGUGGUAUUGCUCCCGCCCUUACCUAUAAAUAUCUAUAAAUACUCAUAUAUAUAUAUAUAUACAUAUAUACAUAUAUAUGGCCGACACAGCCUCACCUCUAGUGUUGGGAAUCAAUCACCAUGCUGUCCUUGUGGAGUCUUGUGGCCCAACUACAAGGGAACACUGUCACCGACAACCCCCCACCACAGUGUGCCACCUGCAGUGAGCGCUCUGUCCCGCUUGGCCUGUGGACAGCCGGCCCCUUGGUCAUCCUUCCCGUGUCCCCCCACCCAAAGCAUGGGGGCGCUGCUUUGGCAGCUGCGUGGUUCUCCGACCACCACCAGUCUUGCUGUCUCUUGGCUGAGAAUAAAACCUGUACCUGGACGAUGGGGAACCUGUGUCCUCGGCUGGCUCCUGUUGACUGCAGAGCACAGGGCUGGGAGUUGGAAGGAGGGUGGCUACUGGCAGAGCACCUGAAGAAGGCUCCUCCGCCGGCUGUGAACCCCCCUCUGGCCACUAGGGGGCCAGGCCUCAGGUCCAGCCUGAAGGGUGCUGGGCUAAGGGUGGCACAAGGGAGGGCUGGAUGGGAGAAGCCGGCUGCCAGGAGUGGGCAGGCCAGGGCAGCAGGGCCAGUCAGGCUCAAGCCUGGCCCACUGGACGGGUUGGCCCUUGUGGCCCCCGUGGUGGUCUCCUCACCGUCAUCAAGGACGUGCGGAAGAUGCAGCACAGCCCUGCUGGACAGGCAGACGCUCAGGCUUCUCGCGGCCCCGAAGCCCGCCCUCUGCUGGCAAGACCCAGUCCCUGCUCCGUGAAACCUACAGGCGACCCCAGGACCCCAGACAAGGAGCACACAAGGCCAGGCUGUAUGACUAAAUUCAUUUAUUCCAAAGAAAAAGCAAAAUAAACAGGAGCCGCAUCACCAGGGCACCAUAACCCCGUCCCCGUCUCCUUCCUCUGUUCUCUGAUACCAAUAAAUAAGUUUCCCAGCCCCAAAUAAUUUUAGAGAACCUCCCUCCGGAUUCACUGGCUCCAGCCUCUGCUACGAUACAGGGGGCGACCCUCCCCCAGAAUAUACAAAAUGUUACACAGGUACAGUAUGUACACAGGGGCGGGAAGCCCACCCAGCAGCAGCCUCUGCCCUCGCUGGGCCUACUGCGCCCCAACAGUCAUAAGGCCUUGGAGAGCGCUGCCCCACUGUCCUACCCGAAAGUGCCCCAGAGGCGGGCACCCCUGGUGAGCUGUUUCACUGAUGCCUCACCGGCCCACAAAGGACCCAGCUGGCCUGCUCCCGAGUGCGAGCUGGGGCUGGGGCCAGCACUGCCUCCCACGCACCAGCCCUGGGCUCCAUCCACAGAACAGAAAAGUGGAGCGCAGCUGAACAGAGGGUGCCCUGAGACCCCAUCACCAUCACCUGCCCACAGGGAGCCCUGCCUGUGCAAAAACCUGGCAGAGGCUGCCCACUGUCCUGCCCCAAAGUGCCUGAGCAAGAGAACGGGGGUCCCGCAGGGAGACCCUGGCAAGGGCAAGGGCGCCACCUGAAGCCCCUGGCCCUCCGAAAGCUGCCGCUAAGUAACUGUGAGCCAAACAGAAGUCCAGAGUAAGGCCUGCACCUGGCCAGCACGGCGAAGGGUCUGCACCUGUCUGUGUCCCCAGUUAGACAGAGGGUCUUUUUUCUUUUCACUUCUUUCAAUUUUCUUUUUCAAUAUUUUAUUUUGAAAAAAAAA